AUGCAAGCAACGGACGACAGCGCCACUCAGCUCGGACCAAAGGCAGCAAAGGGAUCUCAGGUCUCCGUUUCGGUCCCCGUCGGGUCUACUGAUAUCCACCUUUUCUAUCUUUCCGAAAACAAGUCCUUGGCUUCCCUCACAUUGAAUGGAAGUGCAUGGUCGGCAGUGCUUCCUCCUAUACCAAAGUUUGCCUCGGAUUCAAAGACCAGUUUUGCGGCUGCAGCCUGGGCGGAAUCCUCCCUGAUCGUCCGAAUAUUCUACAUCAACAGCGAUAAAGUCACGAGCAAAUGGACAUUGUUGGAUGGUGCUGAAGGAUUCUGGGUUAACACAGCUGAUACCAUUGGCACAAGACCGGCAGCCAAGGCCAGUGAACCUGUCGCGGCAUCACGAAGCGAAAAUGGAACAGGGCGGUACUUGGAAUACUUUUACACCGCACCAGGAGGCCACAUUAAUUACUUGGCGAAGAACUAUGUCGACGAACCCACGUUCCUGAUUGAAUACGCAAACUUUGAAAUUCCCACUUCCGGUCUCACAAAAGACCAGAAGAUCUCCCUUGGGACUGGUAUUGUUGGUGGUGUUAUUGGUAUCGUAUCUAUAAUUGUCGCCAUAAUCCUGGCAAAAGACAAAUGGAAAUGGCUGAGAUGGUUUCGAUUCUCCACGUCCUCACAGAAGCAGGGCUAUACACAUGUGGCACCUGUUACCAGCGCCACAGCCAUCAACAGAAACUCCCAAGGACCACCCGUGCCGCAUGCAACACUCCCUUGGUAG